GAAAGGUUACGUUCAAAUUUGCUUCCUUCCAAUAAAACCGUAACUUUCGUAACGCUCAAGUAGGUCAUGUAGAUUUUUGGUUCUUUUGUAACUUGGCACAGAGGCUGCAUCCAUGUGUGUGUCUGUGCAUAUUUUAUUUGUUUGACCUUUCCCAUGCCAGAUGGGGUGAGAUUCAGAAAGGGGGUGGGUGUUCGGUAACCGGCAUGCCCAGCCCACUUCACCUGGGCAUAAAAGGAGCUGAGGAUCCCAUUCAGCAGCACUCACACUUCAGUGACUCUGCACACACACUCGGAGGACGCACUCACCACAAUCCUAGAAACACACACACACACACGCCGGUCGUUUUAGUUAAAGCCGCGAAGAUGCCUUGUGUCAGCUCUCAUCUCGACCAGAUGGUGAAGAUAGCUUACAGCCCCGUGGUUGAUAAACUCCUCAUGGUGGAGCAGAUUCUGUCAGAGUUCAGACUGAACAAAGAAGAGCUGAAAGAAGUAAUGAAGAGGAUGCAGCGCGAGAUGGAGAGAGGACUCCGCUUGGAGACGCAUGAAGAGGCCAGUGUGAAAAUGCUUCCAACCUACGUCUGCUCCACUCCUGAGGGAUCAGAGGUGGGGGACUUCCUGGCUCUGGACCUUGGGGGGACAAACUUCCGAGUGAUGCUGGUGAAAGUGGGAGCGGACGAGGAGAGGAGCUGGAAGGUGGAGACAAAGCAUCAAAUGUACUCCAUUCCUGAAGAUGCAAUGACAGGGACGGCUGAAAUGCUGUUUGACUACAUUGCAGAGUGUAUGUCAGAUUUUUUGGACAAACACCACAUCAAGCACAAGAAGCUUCCUCUGGGUUUUACCUUCUCUUUUCCUGUUCGGCAUGAGGACAUUGACAAGGGAAUCCUGCUUAACUGGACCAAAGGUUUCAAGGCGUCUGGGGCAGAAGGGAACAAUGUUGUGGGUUUACUCAGAGACGCGAUCAAGAGACGAGGGGACUUUGAGAUGGAUGUGGUUGCCAUGGUGAAUGACACAGUAGCCACCAUGAUUUCCUGCUAUUAUGAAGAUCGCAGCUGUGAAGUGGGGAUGAUUGUUGGUACUGGUUGUAAUGCAUGCUACAUGGAGGAGAUGAGGACCGUGGAGCUGGUUGAAGGAGAGGAGGGACGCAUGUGCGUGAACACAGAGUGGGGGGCGUUCGGGGACAACGGGGAGCUGGAGGAGUUCAGGCUGGAGUACGACAGAGUGGUGGACGAGAGCUCAAUUAACCCCGGACAGCAGCUGUAUGAGAAGCUGAUCAGUGGGAAAUAUAUGGGCGAGCUGGUGAGGCUCGUUCUGAUGAAGCUGGUGAACGAGAACCUGCUGUUUAACGGCGAAGCCUCAGAGCUGCUGAAGACACGCGGCAGCUUCGAAACCCGCUUCGUCUCGCAGGUGGAGAGCGACACCGGCGACAGAAAACAAAUCUACAACAUCCUGUCAUCACUGGGAGUCCUGCCCUCGGAGCUGGACUGCGACAUUGUGCGCCUGGUCUGUGAGAGCGUUUCUACCCGCUCUGCUCACAUGUGCGGCGCAGGGCUGGCCGGGGUGAUCAACCAGAUGCGGGAGCGACGCAGCCAGGAAACCCUGAAGCUCACGGUGGGGGUGGACGGAUCAGUCUACAAGCUGCACCCGUGUUUCCGUGACAGGUUCCACGAGGUGGUCUGGGAGCUCACGCCUCACUGUGAGAUCACCUUCAUCCAGUCAGAGGAGGGGAGCGGGCGUGGAGCCGCCCUCAUCUCCGCGGUGGCCUGCAAGAUGGCCGCCUGCAUGCUGACACAGUAAAGACAGCCAUGCACCGAGUUGUCUCCCGACAUGGCGGUGGUGAAAAGGAAGCCUGGACUGUGAUUGGAGGACGCUGAUGGCAUAUCAUCAUCAUCAUCAUCAUCAUCAUCCGCAGCUGUGAAGCUCUGGCCUCUUUUCAGGCUCGAAGGGACGUUUGUCAUGCUAAGUGCUCAUCGCUGGAAGAUGUGAGGACUAGACGGCAUCAGACGCCUUGUAUUAUAGACUGUAUUUGACGGUAUUAGACCGACUUGUAGCAAUGUUUCUAAAGUUUAGGAGCUGGUGGUUUACUGAUGGCAUGGAUUCUCAGUGUGAGAUCCAUGUUCUUUGUGUGUUUGACUGUUGGUUUUCUGGGCUGGGAACGGAGCAUUUCAAGAAUGACUGAUGUAUCAUCGGUGAUGUUAGGAAACCAGCGCCUGGUUGGCGCCGGUUGAUGUACACACAUGGAUUUUUUGUAAAUGCAAUGUAAAUUAGGACUAAAUCAAAUGCAUUGCUUUUGUUGCAUGAUUCCCAUUUGAGCGAAAGGCAAUAUUUCUUUGGUUUUUGUAUAUUUAAAUUUGUAUGUAUAAUUAAUGUAUAUGUUAAUGUAUAACUUAUAUAUGUUAGCCAGUAUGGUAUAGUUUUUCUUAUGUGCAUGAUGGAAUGUGCUUUGGAUGUGAAUAAACUAAACUGUAAAUAAAACUGCUUAAUUACA